ACACACACACAGACCGGGGGCGAUGCGCCUUCUUCUGCAAGAGGCUAGACGUUGAGACCGAAGGUGCACGAUGAAAAGAUGGCGCAGUCGCUGCUUGUACCACCAGGACCACACAGCCUGCGCCUGUUUACCCAGGAAUCUCUCGCAGCUAUCGAGAGUCGCAUUGCAGAGGAGGUGGCCAAGAAACCCAAGAGCCAUCGGGACGACGAUGAUGAAAAUGGCCCAAAGCCAAAUAGUGACUUGGAAGCUGGCAAAUCACUACCAUUUAUUUACGGUGACUUACCUUCAGCGAUGGUUUCUGAACCUUUGGAAGACCUGGAUGCAUUUUAUAGCACGACAAAAACCUUUAUAGUAUUGAACAAAGGGAAGGCAAUCUUCCGAUUUAGCGCCAGUCCUGCCUUGUACAUUUUAAGUCCUUUCAAUCCUUUAAGGAGAACAGCUAUUAAGAUUUUGGUACAUUCAUAUCCUUUCACUAGUGCGUGUUUUUUCAAUAUCUGUUAA